GUAUGGCGCACACAUGCAUGAACUGGUGGUAGGUGGAUUGCACAAGCAGCCGCUUUCUUCUCUGGUUCGCUCGAUCCAUGCGCUCGGCUUCAACUGCGUGCGGCUGCCCUACUCGCUAGAGAUGCAUCUCCGGCGUCCAGAUGCCAGGCCGCGCGAGGCGGCAAUCCUCGCAAAUCCGGAGCUGCAGAACAUGAGUGCGCUUGCGAUCUUCGAUGCCACGGUGAAAGCGUUGGUGGAUGCCCGCAUCAUGGUGGUGCUGAACAACCACCAGGGGAAAGCCAUGUGGUGUUGCAGCGAGGAUGACGGGGAAGGACUGUGGUACAGCCAGGAGUACUCGGAGGAAGAUUGGCUGCAGUCACUUCGUCUGCUGGCGAGGCGCUACAGAGAGGAGCCUUACGUCGUGGGCUUCGACCUGCGCAACGAGCUGCGUGGAAUUCCUGCACCCGUGGCUUGGAGCCUGGGCCUUUCCCCACAAGGCUACCGAUUCUGGCCGCAGUGGGGCCUUUCGGGCGGCGGCAAAGGCGACUGGGGCGAGGCGGCUCUUCGCGCAGGUGCAGCCGUUCUACAGGAGAAGUCGGAUGCUUUGAUUGUGGUCGAGGGCCUUGACUUCUCCACGGACCUGCGCGGAGUUCGCCAGAGACCGCUGCACCGCGAGCCGCUGCUGCGUGGCCGUGUGGUCUAUGAGGCCCACGACUACUGCUGGUAUCACGUAAACUUCUUUCGAGCCUGGCUACUCUAUUGGCUCUCCCUGGGCUGGGCGGCAGAGGUCUUCUGGCGCCUUUGCAGAGGGAGGUCCGCCAAGACGAGCCCCGCGCCCGCCUACGACAAGGAGGCGCAAUCACGCUUGGGACGUUCUUGCGGAGGGCGCCCCUCCACCAAGAUUCUGCUUGCUCUCAGCGCCGGCGCUUUCUUGAUGAGCUCUUGGACCGUCUCUUACUCCGCCUUUCGUAGCAAGCUGGACAAUCGCUGGGGCUUCCUGUUGAAUGGCGAGGCGCCAGUGUGGCUUGGAGAGUUUGGAACAAACGGCUACUGGAUCUCGGACGGCUGGUCUGCGGAGGUCGGAGAAGUGCUCUGGCUCAGCCACAUCCUGAGGUACAUGCAAGAGCAUGACCUGGACUACGCUUACUGGGCGCUCAAUGGCACCCCGGUCGCAGAUGCUUUGACCAUG